AGGAAUUGCAGGCAAAGCCUUGCGUGUGGCGCCUCUGCUGCGCAAUAUAGUUUUUCCCAGAAAAGACACGCGUCUCUGAAUGUGCAAAACACAACGGUGGUAUCGACACCAUCGGAGUGCACGCCAGCUGACGACAGCCAAAGCGAGAAAGGAACCUGCUCUGGAUAUUGACUUUGCGCACAACCCGGACAACUGGAUAACCUGGAGUUGUACCUGGGCUUCAUGUUUUGGACUUAUUGAAGGGGGGCUCUACGAAGUGAGCCUGAAGAAGGAUAUUUAUUUUUUUCUCUCUCUCUCUCCCCCUUUCAUUUUUUAUUCUUCAUAUUUCGUCCUGAUAAGUGGGGGAAGGAGUUUUGUGAGGUUAUUGUACACGGCUGCUCACAGAACGGAGAGAAUGGCAUUUUGGUUCAUCUUUUCAGUAACACUUAGCAUUACAGUUUUAACGCAGGUAUUUGGAUCCGGUGUUUUCGAGCUCGAUCUUAAGGAGUUUAAGAACAGCAAAGGUUUGCUGGCGAACGGAAAUGCGUGCAAACCCGACUGCAAGACGUUUUUUCGAGUUUGCCUGAAGAACUACCAGACGGUGGUGUCUCCUGGAAACUGCAUCUUCGGUACUGCCAUCACUCCAGUUCUGGGGUCCAACUCUUUUAGUGCAACGAAAGGCGGCACCUUCAGUACACCAAUCCGCCUACCGUUAAACUUUGCAUGGCCGGGAUCAUUUUCUUUAAUUAUCGAAGCUUGGUAUUCUCCCUUUGCGGAUAAACCUGUAGACACAAACAACCCCGAAUUAUUGAUUAGCUUUUUUCCCAUCCAGAGAAAAUUGGAAGUAGGGGAUGAGUGGUCUCGGGAUGUUCAGACCGGGAACCAGACGGAGCUAAGGUAUUCUUACCGGUUCAUCUGCAAUGAAAAUUACUACGGCGCAAGCUGUUCCAAAAUAUGCGUGCCCAGGGACGACCGUUUUGGCCACUACAUCUGCAACCCUGAAGGGCAGAUUUCCUGUCUCCCUGGCUGGAAGGGGGGAUACUGCGAUGAACCAAUAUGUCUUGAAGGGUGCAGCCAGAAGAAUGGAAACUGUACAAAACCAGGAGAGUGUGUGUGCAGAGACGGCUGGCAGGGUGUCUUCUGCGAUGAAUGCAUGGUGUACCCCAAAUGCAAGCAUGCCACUUGCCAGCGGCCUUGGCAGUGCACCUGCAAGGAGGGCUGGGGCGGGCUCUUCUGUGACCAAGAUCUGAACUACUGUACGCACCACAAGCCCUGCAUGAACGGCGCCACCUGCAUGAACACUGGACAGGGCAGCUACACCUGCUCCUGCCGGCCCGGCUUCACCGGGGUGGACUGCCAGCUGAGGAUGAAGGAGUGCGACAGCAACCCCUGCAGGAACGGAGGAAGGUGCACGGACCUGGAAGGAGGGUACCAGUGCACGUGCCCGCAGGGGUUCGAAGGGCUGCACUGCGAGCACAGCCUGCUAAUCUGCGCCGACUCGCCCUGCUUCCACAACGGGCGGUGCCGGGAGCGAGACGAGGGGCGGAGCUACGCCUGCGAGUGCCCGCGCGGAUUCACCGGGCUCAACUGCGAGAAGAAGGUCGACAAGUGCACGUCCCUCCCGUGUGCCAAUGGUGGACUCUGUGUGGUGCACAGCGGGGUGCCGGUGUGCAGCUGUCGCGCAGGCUUCACGGGCCGGCGCUGCGAGAUCAACAUUAACGAGUGCGCCCGCGGCCCCUGCGCCAACGGGGGGACGUGCGAGGACGGCAUCAACGACUACCGCUGCGUCUGCCCGGCGGGGUUUGUCGGCCGCGACUGCGCCACGCCCACCGACCCCUGCGCCCACCGGCCGUGCCUCGGCGGGGGCACCUGCGUCGCCGGGGGCGACGGGCAGCCCGCCUCCUGCGCCUGCCCCGCCGGCCUCACCGGCCCCCGCUGCGAGUACUUCACCGCCACGCUCCCCCUCGCGCCCAACCUCGAGCCCCGCGACCCCUUCCAGUGGGCGGCCGUGGCCCUGGGCGUGGGCCUGGUGGCCCUCCUCCUGCUGAUCGCCAUGGUGAUGGUCGCCCUGCGCUGUGGGCCGAGGGCGGGGGCGACGGGCGAUCGGGACUCGGAGACCAUGAACAACCUCUCCAAAACCCAGAAGGACAACCUGAUACCCACAGAACAGCUCAAAAACACCAACAAGAAAGUAGACCUGGAUGUGGACUGUACCCUGGACAAGACCAGCUAUAAACACAACUACUACCACUUGGACCACAAUUCCACCAAUGACUUUAAGGUCCAACUGUUGCAGGAUGAUAAAAGUCAUAAUUAUGAGAGGACUUUAGAAGAGAAAGUGCCAUUAAGUAGAAUGUGCAGAGAAAAACCGGAGUGCAGAAUAUCAACGAUAUGUUCCCCAUGGGACUCCGAGUACCAGUCUGUGUUUGUAAUAGCAGAGGAAAGGAAUGAGUGUGUUGUAGCAACUGAGGUAUAAACGGUGGAAGGGUUCCAGCAAGCAACCCCGCUAGGAAACUGAAAACACCGUCAGGACGGAAUAUCCUCUGGACUGUUUACAAAUACGAAAAAAAAAAAAAACCCCAGGCUGGGAGUUAUUUAAACGUUAUUGUGUAUCGCUGCUCUUAUAAAACAUGGGAACUGGAGAGAGCAAGCACGUGGUCUUUGAACUUUGCAUUUGACACGAGUCAGUUUGCGUGCUGUGGGGACAGAUAUACGGGUCCUCCAUGUUUCCAGCCUUCAGUAGGUUAUCGAUAGGUCCGCACAAGCAGCACGGUCCUGGACAUUUUUUUUGUAGCAGUGUGAAGAUGAAGAGGAGGAAGAGUUUCCCUCAUGAACACGUUACACAUUGCAGUGAUAAUCAGAAGCAAACCAGACAAUAAUCCAGUUGGAGGAAACACUAGCUACUCUCUGUCUCCUCCACCCUGUCCAAACGCUAUGCAAGGGAAAGAAACAUUUUUUUGUCAUUCAAAAGUAAAAGAAAAGAAAGCUACUGGAAACGGUUCAGUGUCUACACCUUCCAAGACUUGCAUUGAGUGCAUAAAAAUUUGCUUUGUUUUAAUUUUCCAUGAUAUUUAUGAAGAUUGUAUACCGUCCAAAUAACAGAGCCUUAAAAGAAGUUUCACUUUAAGUUUGAACUUUAUUUGUACCCCAGUGUUCGCUGAUUAAUUGCACAAUACAACAGAAGGGGUGAGGGGGUCAGAGAAAACCACAGAACCACAAAAGACAACACCGUGUCAUUGGAAUCCAUGAUGUACAACUAUUGACUUCUAUUUAUGCAACAUGGUUCAUAAACACAAACCAAACACUUUUAAAAGAAGAUAAAGUGACUAUCAUACCAAGACUGCCUAUAAUUAGUACUGAAAUUACAGAGCCAAUAAAAAUAUUUUUAAAAUGUGUAUUUCUGAUGUUAAGUUAAACAUUAUGAAGCACUGAUAUUUCUAUGUUUUAUAUGAUUAUUUUGUACAUAUUGUGUAUUUAUAAGGAAAAACAUGUUGUGUAAUUGUUAUGCCUUCAAACUGUUUUUAAAUCUGAAGCCAGAAAAAAACUAUUGAAGCUGU